AAAUGCUUCCCGUCCCGUGAAUUACAAUGAUAUUGGCUAUAAUUUUAUCAGCAGGCACUCAGAAAUGGAGCCUCUUUUCGACAGCCUCGCGUUGCAGCAAUACAUACUUCUAUGCUCACAGGUACAAGAUGGGGGACUCAGAGACAAACCUGGGAAAUCAAGAGACUAUUAUCACACUUGUUAUUGUCUAAGUGGUCUGUCCGUGUGUCAGCGUUACCAGACAGAGGAUGAAGAGACAGCCCCUGUGCGCAGUGCAGUAUUGGGUCCCUAUUCCAAUCUGUUGGAACCCGUUCAUCCCCUUUUCAAUGUUGUCUUGAAACAAUACUACCAGGCACAUGAAUUCUUUAGAAGCCUUUGAACAAUUAUAUUUAUUCUCUUUACCGUUUUAAGUAGGUUUGUAUGAUGGUUUUAGAAGUCGGAGUUGUACGAUGCAAAGCAAUAAAAGGGUCAUACUCAUACUUGUCUUACCAAAAAUAAAAAUAAAAGGUCGUACUUGUUUAUUUUAUUUUAUUUUUUCUUGGUCUGCAUUUUACAUGGGAUUUCGCCCAAUUUUGGUGACAUGAUUGCUUUGGUGGACCUUUGAUAUUGACUAGUACAAGUAAUUAAUUGCCUUUUCAACUAAACGACGCUAUCCACCGCCCAGCCUGCGGCAUCCAAACACUGAGCGUUAAGU